AUGGAAAAAACUGUGAUUCCAAAACUAGAUCUUCCUCUGUUACACUUCCCGAACUCCCGGAAACUCGCUUCUAUUCCGUCUCCGAUUCUUCCAUCUCCAAGCUUCAAUCGCUGUAGGCGUCACAAGAAACGGCCUUGUCUUGCAUCGUCUUCGCGUCAAGGGCUCGAAACAGAGAGCCAUGGUGUGAUAACGGACAAUACCGUUGGAAGAAGAUUGCUCGGUUUAGCCGCCGCCGUUUCCGUAGCGGUUUCGUCGUCGACCUGCUGUGAUUCUCCGGCACUCGCUGAGUCUCUGACUAUCGCUUUCCCCGUUUCACGCGCUCGUGAGGUGACUAGAGUACAGAGAACUCUUGUGGAAGCUUGGGGUUUGAUUAGAGAAACUUUCGUCGAUCCAACAUUUAAUCACCAAGAUUGGGAUUCAAGGUUGCAGCAAACGAUGGUGGAGAUGUUUCCGUUAAGAUCAGAAGAUGAUGCUUAUGGAAAGAUCAAAGCGAUGCUCUCUACGCUCGGUGAUCCUUUUACUCGAAUCAUUAGCCCAAAGGAGUACCAAAGUUUCAGAAUUGGUAGCGACGGAAAUCUUCAAGGCGUUGGCCUUUUCAUCAACUCAGAGCCAAGAACAGGUCAUCUUGUUGUUAUGUCUUGCAUAGAAGGUAGCCCGGCGGAUCGUGCUGGUAUUCAUGAAGGCGAGGAACUAGUCGAGAUUAAUGGUGAAAAAGUGGAUGAUAUCGAUAGCGAAGCAGCAGCCCAAAAGCUGAGAGGCAGAGUUGGAACAUUUGUGACAGUUAAACUUAAGAGUGUUAAUGGAUCAGGGAAGGAUUCCGGUUACCGAGAGGUCAAGUUACCUAGAGAUUACAUUAAGCUAUCUCCGAUAUCAAGUGCUAUUAUCCCGCAUACGACAUCCGAUGGCCGUCUAGCAAAAACUGGUUAUGUCAAACUCACAGCAUUUUCUCAGACUGCAGCGUCAGAUUUGGAAAAUGCGGUACACGAGAUGGAGAAUCAGGAUGUUCAGUCAUACAUCCUAGACCUAAGGAACAAUCCGGGAGGUCUAGUUAAAGCUGGACUCGACGUUGCACAGUUAUGGCUUGAUGGAGAUGAGACCCUUGUGUAUACAAUCGACCGUGAAGGUGUCACAUCGCCUAUCAACAUGAUUGCUGGACAUGCCGUGACUCACGAUCCACUUGUCGUGCUUGUGAAUGAAGGAAGUGCGAGUGCAAGUGAGAUUCUGGCAGGUGCUUUACACGAUAACGGUCGAGCUAUUCUUGUCGGUCGCCGCACGUUUGGGAAAGGGAAAAUCCAGAGCGUAACAGAGCUAGACGACGGCUCGGCUUUGUUUGUGACGGUAGCUAAGUAUUUGUCGCCGUCUCUGCACCAAAUUGAUCAAGUAGGGAUCGCACCUGAUGUACAGUGUACCACGGAUAGGAUCGAUUCUCUGACCGGUGAGAUACUUAUGAAGAUGAACAGUUCGGUUCCUUUGCUUGAAGCAGAUUCUUGUGUUAUGGUCGCUGAGCACGAACUUGAGACUCGACGAUCCAAUGAAAUAGCUUCUUGA